UCUCGUCGUAACGAGAUCUUUCGAGAUCUUCUCCGCCCCCGCUACCGGCGCCCCCUUUGCGGCCGCUGAGCCGGAGCCGGCCUGAGUACAGUCCUGCGCUGCGGUUUUCCUUCCAAGGACCCAGGCACUCGCGUGGACACCAGCAGUCCACCACAAGCCCAGGUCCCCCGACCCACGCGGCUUGCUUUCCGCGCGCCUGCCCCGCCGGGGUCCGUGUCCUGUCUCGCCGGCCGGACCCGGGCUUGAGCCCGAUCUGUAGCCGGCGCCAUGUCGGUGGUGGGCAUAGACCUGGGCUUUCAGAGCUGCUACGUCGCUGUGGCCCGCGCCGGCGGCAUCGAGACCAUCGCUAACGAAUACAGCGACCGCUGCACGCCGGCUUGCAUUUCUUUUGGUCCUAAGAAUCGUUCAAUUGGAGCAGCAGCUAAAAGCCAGGUAAUUUCCAAUGCAAAGAACACAGUCCAAGGAUUUAAAAGAUUCCAUGGCCGAGCAUUCUCUGAUCCAUUUGUGGAAGCAGAAAAAUCCAGCCUUGCAUAUGAUAUUGUACAGUUGCCCACUGGAUUGACAGGUAUAAAGGUGAAAUACAUGGAGGAAGAGCGCAAUUUUACUACAGAGCAAGUGACCGCCAUGCUUUUGUCCAAACUGAAGGAGACUGCAGAAAGUGUUCUGAAGAAACCUGUUGUAGACUGUGUUGUUUCGGUUCCUUGUUUCUAUACUGAUGCAGAAAGACGGUCAGUUAUGGAUGCAACACAGAUUGCUGGACUCAAUUGCCUCCGAUUAAUGAAUGAAACUACUGCAGUUGCUCUGGCAUACGGAAUCUAUAAGCAAGAUCUUCCUGCCUUAGAAGAGAAACCAAGAAAUGUAGUUUUUGUAGACAUGGGACAUUCUGCUUAUCAAGUUUCUGUGUGUGCGUUUAAUAGAGGAAAACUAAAGGUUUUGGCCACUGCGUUCGACACAACAUUGGGAGGCAGAAAAUUUGAUGAAGUGUUAGUAAAUCACUUCUGUGAAGAAUUUGGAAAGAAAUACAAGCUAGAUAUAAAGUCCAAAAUCCGUGCAUUAUUACGGCUGUCUCAGGAGUGUGAGAAACUCAAGAAAUUGAUGAGUGCAAAUGCUUCGGACCUUCCCAUGAAUAUUGAGUGUUUUAUGAAUGAUGUUGAUGUAUCUGGAACUAUGAACAGAGGCAAAUUUCUGGAAAUGUGUGAUGAUCUCUUAUUUAGAGUGGAGCCGCCUCUUCGGAGUGUUUUGGAACAAGCCAAGCUAAAGAAAGAAGAUAUUUAUGCAGUGGAGAUAGUUGGUGGUGCAACACGAAUCCCUGCAGUCAAAGAGAAGAUCAGCAAAUUUUUUGGUAAAGAACUUAGCACAACACUAAAUGCUGAUGAAGCUGUUACACGAGGUUGUGCAUUGCAGUGUGCAAUUUUAUCGCCUGCUUUCAAAGUCAGAGAGUUUUCUAUCACUGAUGUAGUACCAUAUCCAAUAUCUCUGAGAUGGAAUUCUCCAGCUGAAGAAGGGUCAAGUGACUGUGAAGUCUUUUCAAAAAACCACAGUACACCUUUCUCUAAAGUACUCACAUUUUAUAGAAAGGAACCUUUCACUCUUGAGGCCUAUUAUAGCUCUCCUCAGGAUUUGCCCUAUCCAGAUCCUGCGAUAGCUCAGUUUUCAGUUCAGAAAGUCACUCCUCAGUCUGAUGGCUCCAGUUCAAAAGUGAAAGUCAAGGUUCGAGUAAAUGUCCAUGGCAUUUUCAGUGUGUCCAGUGCAUCCCUAGUGGAAGUGCACAAAUUUGAGGAGAAUGAGGAACCGAUGGAAACAGAUCAGAAUUCAAAGGAGGAAGAGAAGAUGCAAGUGGACCAGGAGGAGCCACAUGUUGAAGAGCAGCAGCAGCAGAUGCCGGCAGAGAACAAGGCCGAGUCUGAAGAAAUGGAGACUUCUCAAGCUGGAUCAAAAGACAAAAAGAUGGACCAACCACCUCAAGCCAAGAAGGCAAAAGUGAAGACCAGUACUGUAGAUCUGCCGAUUGAGAAUCAGCUGUUAUGGCAGAUAGACAGAGAGAUGCUCAACUUGUACAUUGAAAAUGAGGGCAAGAUGAUCAUGCAAGAUAAACUAGAGAAGGAGAGGAAUGAUGCUAAGAAUGCAGUAGAAGAGUAUGUGUAUGAAAUGAGAGACAAGCUGAGUGGUGAAUAUGAGAAGUUUGUAAAUGAAGAGGACCGUAACAGUUUUACCUUGAAACUUGAAGAUACUGAAAAUUGGUUAUAUGAAGAUGGAGAGGAUGAACCAAAGCAAGUUUAUGUUGAUAAAUUGGCUGAAUUAAAAAAUCUAGGUCAACCUAUUAAGAUACGAUUUCAGGAAUCUGAAGAAAGACCAAAAUUAUUUGAAGAACUAGGGAAACAAAUCCAGCAGUAUAUGAAAGUAAUCACCGCUUUCAAAAACAAGGAGGACCAGUAUGAGCAUUUGGAUGCUGCUGACAUGGGGAAGGUGGAGAAGAGCAUGAAUGAGGCCAUGGACUGGAUGAAUAACAAGCUGAAUCUGCAGAACAAGCAGAGUCUGACCAUGGAUCCAGUUGUCAAAGCAAAAGAGAUUGAAGCUAAAAUUAAGGAGCUGACCAGUUUCUGUAGCCCUAUAAUUUCAAAGCCCAAACCCAAAGUGGAGCCUCCAAAAGAGGAGCAAAAAAAUGCAGAGCAGAAUGGACCAGUGGAUGGACAAGGAGACAGCCCAGGCUCCCAGGCUGCUGAGCAGGGUACAGACCCAGCUGUGCCUUCAGAUGCAGACAAGAAGCUUCCUGAAAUGGACAUUGAUUGAUUCCAACAAUUGUUUAUAUUAAAACAAACAAACAAACUAUUAUAAAGCUUUAAGUUGUCAACUUUGUUCUAAAUAUCAACUAGAGCAAUCAAAUACUGGAGAUUUCUUAGUCGGUUUUUAGGGAACUUUGGGGGAGGGGAUAUAGGUAAUGUAUGGAGCAUUUUGACUUCUAACUAGUUACAGAAAUUUAAGUGCAUUGUAUCUUUUUCAUAAUGGUACUACUUAGAAGCCCAGUUAGUGUUACUGAGCUUAUGCUUCACACCUUUAUGUUUAAUCAUGCUUCUUCAGAGAUGAGUUUGUUUUGGAAAGUUCAGCAAUAGCAAAAGCUGUACUAGUGAUCAAGCAGAUUUUUAAGACAUAUGGCAGGAGAACUCUUAAUUGUGCUUCACAAAAUCUGUUAUGGAGAUUGCUACAGAGACUACCUGCCUGGUGUGGGGGUGUGGGGUCUCCUGUCUCGGAGAGCUAGAGCAUGGCAUGGCAUGGAUUAACAUAGUAGAACCACCAAGGAAUGCUCUGAGCUUCUUCACAUUUCACUUCACUUCACCUCCAUCCCACCCUCUCUGCUCCUCUUCCCCCAGUAAAGGAGUUGUCAUUAACAAAUGCCAUGUACUGCUUCUAGGAAAGUUGACCCCUUUGCCUGGAGCAAGUUGUUCAUUGAAGCUUUUAGACCUGGAGACUCUUCCUGAGAAAGUGUGUUUCUGAGAGUAUAUUAACUAAUACUCCAAGCAUCAAAGUCUAAAUAAUUUUCUCUUUGGAAAGGUAGAAUCGGGUAGAUCAAUUUUUGGAUGUUUAGGCAUGGUAAAUUUAACUGAGGAAUUGAUUCUUGUUAACUAUGGUAUCAAGAUUUGUAUCCUGGCCUGCCCAUUCAUAUGAGAGAUGUUCCUGCGUAUAUUUGAGGUAAAGCUUGAAGUCCUAGGACAAGAAUUAAAAGUUCUCAUUCACAAUCAUGUGUUAAGUGUUAUUCUCUGUCAUGAAUCUGCCACUUUGUAUGUGUUAAACAGUUGACAGAUUAUACUCAAAAUUAAGAGACACUGGAUUGUACUGGAUGAGUCUGAACUUA